AUGCGUCCGGCGUGGGAAGCGCUGGGGCAAGGGCGGGCUGCGGGCAGGAACUCGCAGGCGGAGUUUGUGCUGGCCGCAGGCGCCUCUCAGCUCCAGGGAAGGCACGUCUCGGGGUCCCCGCCGCUCCGGGGACCGCCCUGGGGCUCGGCCUCUCCUCGGCCGUGCGGCGACAUGUCCGCGCACACCGCGUCCUCGAGGCUCAAGGUCUCCGGGAUGUGCUUCUUCCUCCAAAUCCUCACCAUCCUCCUCUUCGCCGUCUUUGUCCGGUACAGCCCAGACACCGGCUCAGGGCUCUGCUCACCGCAGAUCAACUGCAGCAGCGAGAGAAGCCCCAGCUCCCACUCGAGGUUUCGCCACCCACGUUUCCGGGACGUCCACCUCCAAACUCUCGUAGGCUUCGGCUUCCUGCUGGCCUUCCUCAGCCGGUACGGCGCGGGGAGCGUGGCCAUCAACCUCCUCGUGGCAGCGUUUGCCAUCCAGUGGGCCAUACUGAUCCAGGGGUUUUUCUACUCCUUCCUGAACGGCAAGAUUUACAUGGGAGGGCAGAGCAUGGUCAGCGCCGACUUCUGCGCAGGAGCCACCCUGGUCUCGGUUGGAGCUGUUCUGGGCAGGGUAAACCCCCUCCAGAUGCUGCUGAUGACCCUGCUGGAAGUCAUCCUUUUCACUGUCAACGAAUACCUCCUGCUCAGCCUCAUGGGGGUAAGCGACAGCGGGGGCUCCUUGACCGUCCACACCUUUGGUGCUUAUUUUGGCUUGAUGGUUUCGCGGAUGUUGUACCAGCCCCAUUUGGACAAGAGCAAGCAGCAGCAGGACACGAGGCACAAUCCAGAUGUCUUUGCUGCAGUUGGAACCAUCUUCCUCUGGAUCUUCUGGCCCAGUUUCGCCUCGGCCACCACAGUCCCUACCGAUGCCGAGCCCUGGGCAGUGCUGAACACCUACCUUGCGCUGGCAGCAAGCACCCUGGCCACCUUCGUCAUCUCCCCGCUCCUCCACGAGGAAGGCACGCUGCGGAUGAGCCAGGUUCAGGAUGCCGCUGUGGCCGGCGUGGCCGUGAUGGGCAUGGCUGGGGAGAUGCUGCUCGCUCCGUUCGGGGCCCUCAUCGCGGGCUUCCUGGCCGGCCUGAUCUCCCCGCUCGGCUUCAGGUUCCUCACGCCCGUCCUGCGCUCCAGGCUGAACGUCCAGGACACGUGUGGAGUCCACAACGUCCACGGCAUGCCAGGGAUCCUGGGCACCUUGCUGGGGACGCUGCUCACAGCGCUGGCAACCGCCGAUGCUUACGGCAACAGGAUGGAGCUCAUCUUCCCCCACGUAGCUGACGGCAGCAGGACAGCCAGCUACCAGGCGGUCUGGCAGCUCUGCGCGCUGCCCGUCACCCUGCUGCUCGUGCUGCUCGGAGGAAGCAUCGCGGGGGCCAUCCUGAAAAUAAAGAGGCUGGGGUCUCCUGCGGACACGCAGCACCUGGAAAACAAGACCUUCCGGGAGCUGGGGAAAGCAAGGCACACCAAGAUGCACCCAAAUAUCCACUGGAAUUAGAGCAGGGCACAGAGCCCUACAUCUGCCUCCCUGCCCCGAGGCACAGCUGACACCAUGCAGCAGAGAGCCAGCUAAUCAUCUUUCCCACCUUCGUUAGGGUGUGAAUCGUUAUCCUAACAACACCUGUAAAGCUCCGCACCAGACGAGGGGGGCACGCGCCUAACGAUGGGCACCAUAUGGGCGAGGGGCAGCGCGGGACCAGGGCAGCCCCGCACCGAACAAAGAGCCCAGCAGCGCUGGUGCAAGAGGAGCAGUCGCUGCUCCUGCUAUUAAACCCCUCAGUUCUCCCUUACACCAAGGUCUGCCCACGCUGGAGGCAUCUCGCUGCUGCUUUGGAGCCCGUAAGCAUCUCCAGCCAUCUCCUUCCCUGACCCCAAAUUUUGGGGAGCAGAGCUCAGCACCUUGGCCAAACCACCCAUCGGUUUUGGCCUGCUGCAAUUGCAAAGCUGUUUCCAGCCCCCUCCAGUAAUUGCAAGCAGCAUAAUGAGCUGCUGGGCACCGCUUUAGUAAUUAAAGUUGUUGGCAUUGGGGCCAGGCGGGUGGCUUUGUUGCUGUCAGCACCCAUUUCGGGGACAACAGGCACUGCGGGCCGGGCAGCAUCUCAAAGGGAAGCGCUUCCCUCCCGCCGAACAAUCAGCUCCUUCUUCACCGGCUUGAAAAAAA